AUGUCAGAAGCAUAUAAUAAGCUGCAUGUGUCAGCAGAUCGUGAUCGAGCACCCGUUCAAGCCAACAGUCUUGGAACAACAUGCGUCUCUCCCAAGUACUAUACUCACCGGCCUCGGCCUCUGGCGAGCAGUCUAGGCCAAGCCUGCCAUUCUGAACGCUCUGUCGAAGUAUACCACCGCUGGCUCGUGAUCAUCAAGCUCGAAGUCGCCUGCGCAGGUCCAUAUCACUACCCAGAGGGACACGACAACCUGUCCGACUGGCUGGCGUACUAUCGAGACAUGUUCAAUGGCGUCGUGGACGGACAUCUCGGGUACGGCUCCAAGGCAUGGGCGCCUGGGUCGCGUGGCGAGGCCGCGAAGGGUGUUCCUCCCAAGUCCUUGAUCCCCAAGAAGAUCAAGCGCGAGGAGGAGACGGCUCUCGAGUACGGUCGUCGCGGGGAGCAGCCAACGUCUCUGGGGACGUCUGGGCUCAACUGUAUUAACGGGAAUCGAAUAUUAUUAUCCGUAGAUUCAGAGAUUAUGAUGACUUGCCGCUCUUUCUUUCCCCGUCGCGAUUUGAUGACCGAAUUGAAGCACGGUGGCAGCCAACGCGAGGCCAAGCAUCCCAUGCAGCUGCGGCCGGGAUCCAUCACAUGCAUGCAUGCGAGAGACGCUGCGACUCGACCACUCGACGGCGUUGCCACGCUUAUUUUGUCAUCCGACAUGUUCUCGACAACCAUUCUGCCUGAUGACUGGGUGCGCCUUUCAGACAGCCGGACGGACAACGCCCAGGCUGACGGAAUGGAGGGACCCUCCUCGAGUUGGGUCUGGGAUCCGUGGGCCCCUGCUAGCGCCAGCGAUGCCAUGACGAUGAAUCCCCGCAGCGCUGUUUGUGCGCCCGCUGAAGAGGCCCUAGUACCAAUAGAUAUUAUUCAAGACGAGGAAGCGCCACGAGACAGACAGCCCACGGGCUAA